AUGGACACUGAUCUGAGGUCUGUUUCAUUAAAAGAAAAAGGGGGAAAUAUAAGUGGAACUUUUGUGGCAAGUACUAAUUUGGAUAACUCUGGACAUGCAGGGAAGGACAAUGAAAGUACUGGGGGAAGUAAUGUAAUAGAAUAUGACAAGAUCAUGAGUGCUUUAAAUGAACUUAAAUGUUUAGAAACAAAGCAGAAUGUUCUGACAAAAGGGAUUGAUGUACUAAUUAAGGAUUUACGACUGCUUAAAGGAGCCAAAAGGACUAAAGUUCCCAUAAGGGAACUGACUUAUUUAAAUAAGGAAAUGGAGGAUGUGGAAGUUCAGAUUAAAACUGUUCUGGACAUUAUUGAACCAUGGAAGGAACUUUAUGCAAAUAAAAAACGUUUUGAAGAAAUGAAACAAGGGGGUGGGGAUGUGGCCGCAGAAAGACUUUUUAAAAUAUCAGAAUUAUUGAAAGAAAAUGCUAACGAAAAUGUUUCUCCCCCUAAACAAAAAAAAUCUUCUGAUGAUAACGAUUUACCAUUAAUUGUUUUUGAUGAUCCAAUUGAACAGGUUGUUACUGAUCCUAUGCCAGAAAUGAAUGUUGAUAUGCAACCUAAUAAUAUGCCUAAUGUUCAGUCUGAAAAUGUUGAAAGAAAUGCAGAUGGUGGAGAAAAUAAUGCAAAUGUUUUUGUGAAACCCAAGGAAGUAGGCAAUGUGUGGGGUCAGAAAAAACUGUUUGGGAAUGUGCAGACUGGUGGGGAGGAAGAGGAGGAUGAUUAUGGUAAACUUAAAAAUGCUGUUAAAAUUAAGUGGACAGGAGAGAGGGAAGAUUUUCCUAGCAGGAGAUUUGUAGCUAAGAUUUUGGUGAAGCAGUUACUUGGUUUCUCAGAGGAGGAUGUUUAUGCUAUGAUAAGUGUUACAGACAUGGAGUUUGAUUUGAGCUUUAAGUUGUCGCAGGGACUAGAGGAGUUUUGGCGGAAAUACAAUUUGACAAGGAAUGCUAAGGAAUGGGGACAAUUUAGAGUUAUCCCAAUUUCCAAGCCGGAGUAUAAAAAUGUUACUAUUCUGAUGAAAAAUGAGACUGUGCACCAGGAGGAUGUUUUGAUCUGGUUAAAGAGACAAUGUACUGUUGUAUCCCCUCUUGUCAAGAUCUAUGAUGAGGAAGGUUUCUGGGUAGGUGGCUACAAAGUACAGGUAAAAUUUAAUUCUGAAGGUUAUAUACAAAGGCAUUUACCUACAUCCUUUUUCAUUGGGAAAGACAGGGGAGUUUGCUUCUAUGUGGGACAACCAAAACUCUGUUUUAAAUGUGGGGCUAGAACACAUUUGGCUAGUAAAUGCAGUGUUAAAAAAUGUGCCUUUUGUGGAGAAACAGGACAUCUUAGUAAAGAAUGUGAGCAAUAA